GCUUUAGACAUGAAGGCUCUCAUAUGAAAAUUCCAGAGUCCAAGUCUAUGGAAGACAAAAUACCAAAGCAUGAACUUCAUCAACCCCAUGGUGUGAAAAGGAGUUUGAUUUCAGAUCAUCGAAAGGUACUACCAUUAAAAAGGCUACAGAUGUGGUUUUCAGCGCAGAACCUUGGUCUGUACCAUGGACAGCAAAGACCAUUUUGCAGGAGAGGUAGGGGUAGCAAGGGGAUGAGGGGAAUGUUGAUGGCAAUAGUGGAGUCUAGCACAUAUCUAUAUUCAGUGCGGGUGCUACGGUCAUAAUGGAGGAAGUGGCUGAGGUCAGGAGUUCAUGCUACUUUAGGAUCCACCUUAUUUUGUUUGCUGAUAAACUUUAUGACACCUAAGGGGAGCUUAGGCAAAAAUUGUUUCUGUGUGACGUGGAGAUCAUGGGUUCGAGGCUUGGAAGCAGCUUCUUGCAAAAAAUGUAAGUUUCAGAAGCAGCUGGGAAUGAAUUAUGGAGUACGCAUGAACCUGUUUCCCGUGAAUGCUGAUUUUCUGUUAAGGAUCAUAAGGAGCAGGAAAAAGUUUGUAAAGGAGCCCUAUACUUGGGGUUCUAAUAAGAAAUUUUAAAAGUAAAGGUGAGGUAAACUCAGGAUGCAACAACACAUUAUGGGUGCUUGUGGGGUUCACAUUCUGUUUCUUUUCUCCUUUCCUCUUUUUCAGUUAUUAAAUAUAAUUGUCUCUUGUCAGAGAGCCACAUAUAAAAUUGAUGAUAGAGGGUACUGAGGUAUACGUAUAUUAGAGAUGCCAUCCAUAACAGGAUGACCUUUGUUACUGCCCCACCUUGUCUCCUGCUCCCUUCAAAACUGUAUAUAAUCUUUUUCUCCCAUCAUUCUAUGCAUACCCCCAAUAGAUUGGCGGCCAUGGAUUCCUCCAAUCCUCUCUCCAUUGAAAGCUUUUCAUACAGUUGGUUGAUAAACCUCAAACCAUCUUUUGAAAGCCUAGACGACUCCCUCAGGGCCUCCCUCGAUACCUCUGACGAAGCUUCCUUCAUUGAGAUGGACCCAAAAAUGCCACCCUCAAAGAGAUUCUACAGGAAUUCCCAGGAUUUCAACUUCGAUUUCCCUACCUCGCCAACUCCUCUUACACUUGUUCAUGCCGAUGAGAUAUUCUCUAAUGGCCUCCUCAUGCCUUUCUUUGUUGACCGAUUGAAGAUGGAGGCACAUGAUGCCUCAAACACCAUUCCUUCCGCACCCAUCUCUUCACAUGCUCCAAAAAUGUUCCAAAGAGUUCCACCGAGAAAGUUUCGUUGUUCUUCAUUGAGAAGGUGUCGAAGAUUAUCGAAGCAUAUUUUUCAGAAGUACUUGGAUUUUUUUAUGCCGUUGUUCCAAAGAGUACGAAGCCGCAGGUCAGGCUCUAAAGCUGACAGCAUUGAGACCAGAAUUCAGGUGGAGCAGAACUGGGUACAUUCGCCAGCAACAUCUCCACGAACAAGCGUAGCUUACUCUGUCUAUGACCCACGCAGGUCCUGCGAUUCUGAGAGCUCAAUUUAUGAGGCAGUUCUCCAUUGCAAAAGAUCCAUAGGAAAAUGAAUUGAAGCUGUUGUGGACAGAAGCAUAGCAUAGGAAAAGAAAGAAAAGGAGAAAUUCUGAUACAGAUGUGCAGAAGAGGAGAAGAGAUGUCUCUUGUGAAGAUCAUCAGGCACUUGUUCUUUGUCGCUUUCUUUUCUUCUGAAAAUGAUAAUGUAAAUUUGUCAUUUGGAGGUGAUGGAAGUUGUGUGGAUGGUCGGCAAUGGAAAUUCUGGCUCCAGGAAAAAAGAAAUAAAAUAAACAAAGAUAAAUUAGAAA